ACUUUAGUCCGAUCCCUCCAUGUUGUGAGAGCGGAGAUCGGACUGGUGAAACCGGGGACAGGAACCAAGUCCACGAAAUCUCCACGCGCGCAGUCUCGGAAAUGACUCGUUGAGUGGGUCGGUGUCGGUGUCGGUUCGCUGAGCUGAUGCCCCAAUGGAAAGGCGCGUCUUCGGUGCCGCGGUUUCCAGCGCUUUAAACAAGGCGUGCGCGCGAUCCGCCACCGCGCACCGUUCAACCCGCCGUGCGCGCGCCUCCGGAACCGCGGAUCUAUGAGGAGGAUGAUGAUGAUGACGAAAUCGGGGAUUGUGAUGAUGAAGAAGAUGGUGAUGAUGGUGAAGCCCAGAGUGGGGCGCGUGCUCCUCGCCACAUGUGCAGGAUCUUUCUUUAUUCUCAUUUUAUAUUUCCAAAGCAGUUCAAGAACCGAGCACCUUUUGGGAAAACCUGGUUUGGCAGGAAAGUUGAGGAGAACCCCCCUGCAGACUCGAUGGAUGCUCGAUGGAGAUCAGGGGGAUCAGUCUGCUGUUGGGACGAUGCUACAGACUCGCCAAUUGUUCCUGGAUGAGGCAUGUCACUCUUACAUGCGUAAGAGACGUGUACUGAGCCCAGAGGACCUGCGCCACCUGCUGGUGGAUGACAGACACGGCCUACUUUAUUGCUACGUUCCCAAGGUGGCCUGUACCAACUGGAAGCGAACGCUGAUGGUCCUGACGGGUGACGGCCGCUACCGCGAUCCUCUCUCCAUCCCUGCUAACGAGGCCCAUGCUCCAGGCCGGCUACGCUCGCUCUCGGAGUACUCCACCACCGAGAUUAACCGCCGUCUGCGCACCUACCUGAAGUUCAUAUUCGUACGAGAUCCGUUCGAAAGACUCGUCUCAGCGUACCGCAACAAAUUCACACGGAGCUACAACACGGCCUUCCACAAACGCUACGGCACCAAGAUAGUGCGCCGUCACCGCGCCAACCCACGGCCAGAGGCUCUGGAGAAGGGCAGUGACGUCUCAUUUGAGGAAUUCGUGUACUACCUGGUGGACCCACGGACUCAGCGUGAGGAGCCAUUUAACGAGCACUGGGAGCGAGCUCAUGCCCUUUGCCACCCUUGCCUCAUUCACUACGACGUGGUGGGCAAAUACGAGAGCCUGGCACAGGACUCGCGCUAUGUGCUAAAGCUAGCUGGGGCAGAAGGAGAAGUGGAGUUUCCAGCUUCGUCUAAGAGCACGAGGACCACUGAGAGCAUGGCGGCCAAAUUCUUCAAUAACAUCAGUCCCUUUUAUCAGAAGAAGCUCUACAAUCUGUACCGAAUGGACUUCCUGCUCUUUAAUUACUCAACACCAACCUAUUUGAAGUUCAGAUGAGAGGAGCCGAGACAAAAGACGAGAUGAGAUGGUAUGGGUUUGAGACACCACUGUUUUGAUUGUGUGGCUGUUCUGAGGAUCUUUUGAUAAUGACUCUCAGAGAAACUCUUGCAGAACUGAUGGCAGCUGGCAUCCUGCACAUCUUCCAAAAAUGCCUCAGUAAUUCCUUUGGCCGUGUCCCGUGCCAGCUCAACUCCAGCGUACGUGCCUUCGUUCUCUGUGUUGUCUAAACUGGAGCGGGUUUCUUCAUUAGCCGACAGAGACCACUUCAUGCCAUGGAUUUCUCUCCAGCAUGUCUUUUUUAAUGUGUAUAUUUAUGUUUUUUAUGUAUUUAUUGUAAACUUUGUACUUUAAACUUGAACCGAAGUUUGUACUUAGAGCUGUGAAUUUUUCUCCAUAAAAACAAAACUUGACCAAUCAGAA